CAAAGGGCUUCCUGGGGUUACCGUGACCCCUGACCCUUUUGUCACUGGCCGUCUGCUUCGCGGGGCCCGGGGCUGCAGCGGUGCAGUUCGUUCCCUUCGUUCCUCCCGGCGCCCUGAGGCUGGGCGGCGCGAAGCAUGAAGCUAACCAAAGCUCAGUACGAUGAAAUAGCGCAGUUCCUGGGGCACAUGCAGCCCACCCGGCAGAGCCUGAGAAAGCUGAAGGAGAAGUUCCCUAGUCAAUCGCAGUCCACUCUGCUGAGCAUCUUCUCCCAGGAGUACCAGAAACAAAUCAAAAGAACACAUGCCAAGCAUCACACUGCUGAAGCUGUUGAAACUUACUACCAAAGACUGACAUAUCUGAGGAGCUUGUAUGGCAAGUACCUGAAUGGGGUGAUGAAAAAUGCAGCUGCCCCUGUAUUACUGGAGCUGGCCAAUGAGGUGGACUUUGCCCCGUCAUUGAUGGCUCGUAUUGUGUUAGAAAGAUAUCUACAAGAAAAAGAACAAGCCAUCCCCUCCAAAACACUUAUUAAUAGUAUGCUACGGGACCCUUCUCAGAUACCAGAUGGAGUUCUGGCAAAUCAAGUCUAUCAGUGUACUGUGAAUGACUGUUGUUAUGGACCACUGGUGGACUGCAUCAAACACGCUAUUGGGCAUGAGCAUGAAGUCUUGCUGCGAGAAAUGCUUUUGGAAAAAAAUCUCUCUUUCAUAGCUGAAGAUCAGCUUCGUGCAAAGGGUUAUGACAAAACACCAGACUUCAUUUUAGAAGUGCCAGUAGCUGUUGAAGGACACAUAAUUCACUGGAUUGAAAGCAAAGCCUCAUUUGGUGAUGAAAGUAGCCACCAAGCCUACUUGCAGGACCAGUUUUGGAGCUACUGGAACAGAUUUGGCCCUGGAUUAGUCAUCUACUGGUACGGAUUUAUUGAAGAACUGGACUGCCAUCGUGAGCGUGGUAUCCUGCUAAAAGACUGCUUUCCUACUGACAUUGUGACUCUGCGACACAGCAUGGCUCAACGCUGAUGUUGGGAGGAAGAGGGAAUCUGUACCUAGGAAUUUUUCUCUUAACUGACUUUAAGGAAGGAAUCUGUCUUGACCCCUGUAGGUACUGUAGCAUACUAUUUUCUGUCGUACUGAAGUCCGCAAGAACAAUGUUCAGGAGCUGUCUGUGUGGGUUACUUCUGAUGGAGAUUACCAUCCUGGUGUUCAACAAACAAAACAA